AUGCACUCAGCAAGACUGGUACAUGCCAGUGCCUCCUCACUGGAACUAGUUCUCCACAUCUCGAUUGGAUCGCAGGUUGGGGAACAGCUAAAACAAGCUAGGGUCAGGGCUGCAAUUGCCAUCCCUGCUGAUGAUGUUGCGAGGUCCAUCGAAUUAAAGAAUCUGAUACUGGUCAAAUCACAAACUAUUCAUGAGUAUUGGUCAGGACCUUGGUAUGAGGCUAGGGCUAAUGAUGACUAUAUAUGCAUCACAACGGUACUUAUCAUGAUGGUUGGAUGGGAGUACGGAUUAAUUCUUCUUUCAGUGAUGGCUGCUGCUAUGACGAUUGGUUUCUUCCUCGAGAAGCCAAUGUGGGAUCAAGUAGCCGAAUCUGUGAACUGUGCAUCGCACGCAGCCGAUGUCGUUGUGACGGACGUUGUAGAAAUGAAAUCUAUAGUACAAAUGUACAACACGACGGAGGCUGAGUUAGAUCAAAUUAAGGCAAUCUACUCGGGCUCAGUCGGCCCACAAAGUUCGCUGUUGAUCAAAAUCUUUGCCCUCGAUACUCUAGGUACCCUAUUUAAGGCCUGGGCGCAACCCGUGCUUGUUAUCUACUACUAUUAUGCCCAUCGUGACGGAGACGAUGACAUGUAUCAGUUUUAUACGUGA